CUGGGGUUUUGUUUGCUUCCUGUAAAAAUCCAAAUAUUUUUCCCAUUACACUCUGCUACUCUUCGGCUUCAAUUUCUCGCCAGCUUCUUCUCUGAUCGUCUUCCACCUCUCACUCCUUCGUUUACCUCUUGCUUCCAGUGUUCCUUCGGUUUUCACGAGGAGAAAAAAGUGAGCCGAACAGAGAGAGAGAGAGAGAGAGAGAGAGAGAGAGAGAGAGAAAGAGGAGGAAAAUAAACGGAACGGGAAGGGAAGGUAAGAGGCCGGACACAAGCGGGGAGUUUAGUACCACAGGAGAAAGCGAGGAUUGGUCGGUAGUAAAAUGAGCCGACCAACUACACGAAAUAAAAACAAAAGGCACAGACAAGCAGAUAAUGGUGACACCACUUUGGAAAUAUUAAGGAAAAUUCAUGCAACAGGAGACAUAACUGAUCAUGAUAUAAAUCAGCUGUAUAUGAUUUGGAAGCCAAUCUGUCAAGGUUGCCGUGUCAAUACAAAAGACAACCCAAAUUGCUUUUGUGGUCUGGUACCACCUCCUAAUGGAAGCCGGAAAACUGGCUUAUGGCAGAAAAUGUCAGAUAUUGUUCAAGCACUUGGUCCAGACCUGUCGAAAGAUCUCCGUCCUUCUGCUAGCUCACCGGCAGGUCUGACUAACUUGGGUGCAACAUGCUAUGCAAAUAGCAUACUGCAGUGCCUUUACAUGAAUAAAUUAUUCAGAGAAGGUGUUUUCUCAGUUGAACCAGAUGUCUUAAAACAGCAGCCCGUCUUAGAUCAACUCGCUCGGCUUUUUGCACAGUUGCAUGCCAGUAAAAUGGCUUUCAUUGAUUCAGCUCCCUUUAUAACAACAUUGGAGCUUGAUAAUGGAGUCCAACAAGAUAGCCAUGAGUUUCUGACCUUGCUUCUUUCUUUGCUUGAGCAUUGUCUGAGCCAUUCUAGGGUUUCUGGUGCAAGAACAAUUGUUCAAGAUCUUUUCCGCGGAAGUGUGUCACAUGUAACAACAUGCUCAAAAUGUGGAAAGGAUUCUGAAGCAUCUUCAAAGAUGGAAGACUUUUAUGAGCUUGAGCUGAAUGUCAAGGGCUUGAAAUCUUUAGAUGAGAGUUUGGACGACUACCUUAACUUGGAAGAGCUUAAUGGAGAUAAUCAAUACUUUUGUGAGUCAUGCAACAUGAGAGUAGAUGCGACACGCAGCAUCAAGUUACGCACGCUGCCUUCUGUCCUUAAUUUUCAGCUUAAGCGCUGUGUUUUCCUUCCAAAGACUACAAUGAAGAAGAAAAUCACUACUGCAUUUUCUUUUCCUGGAGAACUGGACAUGCAGCGGAGGUUAUCUGAGCCUACUGAAAUGGAAUUAAUUUAUGAUUUGUCUGCUGUAUUAAUUCACAAAGGAACUGCUGUAAACAGUGGUCAUUAUGUUGCUCAUAUUAAGGAUGAAAAUACCGGGCAGUGGUGGGAAUUUGAUGAUGAACAUGUGUCAAAAUUGGGUGAUCAUCCAUUCGGAGAAGGCUCCUCAUCUUCCAAUACUAAAGCUGUGCAAAGUGAUCCAGUUGUUCAAUCAACUUGCUCAGAGGGAAAUGAUUCUGCUGCCAAUCAGAAUCAUAGAGAUGUAGUUGAGUUACAAUCGUCAGAAUCCAUUCGCGUCGGUAAAUCAGAGAUAUUUUCAUCUAGUGAUGCAUACAUGUUGAUGUAUAAUCUUAGGCGUCACAAGAAAGAUGAUGAAAAAGCAAAUGUAGCAUGUCUUGCCAAUGGUAUGGACGUAGGAGGUGAUAGGAUUCUUUUAGAUGGUGGCAUUUAUCUUCCGCCUCAUCUUUAUGAAGUUAUAAACAACAUGAAUAUGACAUACCUUGAUGUUUGCGAACAAUUCAAAGUUAGAAAGGAGAAAGAAUUGAAUCUUAUCAGUGAGAGGAGACAAGAAGUACGAUCUGUUCUCUCUGAAGCCCCUGUUCAAUCAAUUGAAGAACCAUUUUACUGGAUUUCCACAGACUGGCUUCGUCAGUGGGCUGAUAAUAUUAUGCCACCUGUUCUAGACAACAAACCUAUUCAGUGUUUACACAAAAAGGUGCCAGUAUCAAUGGUUGGCUCCAUGAAGCGGUUAUCAUCUGAGGCAUGGACCAAAUUAAUCUCUAAGGUAUUCACCUGGCCCAAAAUUCUAGCAAAAGGUCCAGCAUCACCGUGUCCUCCUAUUCUGGCCAAUUCGGAUUUGUUAAGGUUGCAACAAUGGGUAAAGAGGAGAAACCUUGAUGCUCCUAUUGAAGCAGAUGCAGAACCAACAAGUGCAAUAAGGUGUCCUCAUGGGGAGCUUUUUCCUGAGCAAGCUGCUGGUGCUAAACGAUUGCUGGUUCCUGAGAAUCUCUGGCUCUUUUUGUAUGAAGAUGCAAUUACAGUAAAAUCUGAUGAUCCACUGGGCUGUUCAACUUUUCCUUCAGACUCUAGAGAGUGCGCCCAAUGCAGUGAUGAACUUUCUGAAGUAGCAUGCAUUGAGGAUUCACUAAGAGCAGUAAAGCUUAAACAGCGACAAAAUCAUGAGAAAUUGGCUGCAGGGAAGAGUAUUCCCCUGUCUCCCAAUUGCAAGUAUUACUUGGUUCCUUCUCAAUGGCUUGCUAAAUGGAGAAGCUACAUCAGUGCAAGUGGUAAAAAUGCAUCUUCAGUUGUGAAACCUGAAACUCUAGAUGGCAUCAUUGGUUCACUAAAAUGCGAAAAGCAUUUACGACUCCUGGAAAGGCCACCUGACCUGGUCCAUAAACGUGGUUCAAUCUAUCAGAAGGGCCUGACAACAGACAGGCUGACCAUUGUUACGGGGAAUGAUUGGAAAUGCUUCUGUGAAGAGUGGGAUGGUUGUGAGGAAAAUGGUGUAUCUGCUAUAAUUGAGCUUAGCAACGUGGCAGAAAAUAGUUUGGUUGGUUCCUGUCAAGAUACACCAAUGUCUGUGGAGCAUCUUGCUGCUCCUGAUGAAAUAAAUAAUGACGCGGACUCUAAGCGACUUGUAGUCAGACUAAUCCGGAGGUAUGCGAGGAUUGCAUAGGAGAAAGAGAGAGCUGUGAGUUGUUGCAGAAGCUUAGUUACUGCAAUGAGGACAUAUAUGUCUGUCUUGUAAGGGGAAAGGAAGCUCCAAGAUCAAUUCUAGAAGCCUCUGAGUCCACUUUUUGAGCCAGAUCGUCGACUGUCUAAGCGUUCUCGAAAGACAAACUAUGGGAAUUUAGUAAAUCUGAAGGUUUUCUGGCUUCCACUUCAAUAUACCAGUUAAAGAUGAUGAUAUGGGGAAUCCCUUGGGGUUGUUAAGGAAAACCAGAUCCUUCAUAAAGGCACCAAGAUAAUUGAUGAGGAAUCUGCCACUCUUGCAGACAUGAAUAUAUUCCCCGGGGAUAAGCUUUGGGUGAAAGAUUCUGAGAUUCAUGAGCAUCGAGAUAUUGCUGAUGAGCUCUGUGACCAGAAAAUGGAUGUUCAGACCACUGAAGAAGGAUUUCGUGGGACAUUGUUGACAGCAGAUAUCUCGUCCCAAGCUGUUUAAGUUGCUCUUUGUAUUAUCAGCAUGUAAUAUUCUUUGUAAAUAUUGGUGCUGUAAGAAGGAAACUAUGGAAUGUUCGACCAGGAAGUUGGAGAGGAAGCUGCUUGCACAGGGUUUUUUUUAGGUCUCAUCCAUUUUGGAAGCCUGGGUUAUUUUUUGUAUAUGAUAAAGCUCCUGAAAAGUUGUCAAUUUUGUACUUAGAGCUGGAGAUAUACUGCAGUAUUCUGUCUCAUGAUCAGGCCAUCAGGGAGCAAAUGAGAUAUGUUGCAGGUCUCUAGUUUGAGGACUUUUCUAUGAGUUUUGUCAAAUUUCCUUCUGUCAAGUGCCUAUAUAGAUAAAUAUUAACCU